AUGAUUGAGUCGUUCGUCAAACAGACCCAGCCUCUUCCGUGGCCUGAGCCCACGCCGACUUCUUCGGUGGCUCCCAUUCCCACUGUCGUUCCGGGCAGUGAUCCCAUCUUCCAGACGCUGCAUGACACUGGGAAACGAACUCUAUGGGUGGUUACCGUGCUCAUGGGCAUCUCCUCCCUCGUCUUCUACGUUCUUGGAGCUCGAGUCCCCAUUAGCAAACGCGUCUUCCACACCCUGAUCUCCCUGGCCACCACUAUCUCCUUCAUCGUCUAUCUCGCCCUCGCGACCGGCGAAGGGAUGGACUUCAAGCUCGACACCAUCAAAGAACACAACAAGCACGUCCCCAACACCUCGCAAGACUACUACCGCCAGGUCCUGUGGCUGCGCUAUGUCCUGUGGUUCCUGACCGAGCCCCUGGGUCUGAUCAGCCUUUCCCUCCUCGGUGGUUUGCCGGGCGCUCAUCUCCUCGUCGCCAUUGCCGCAGACUACGUGAUGCUCGGCUCUGGCCUCCUGGGCAUCUAUGCCGGCCACACGUCGCGCCGAUGGGUGUGGUUCACUAUCAGCGCAAUCGGAUAUCUGACUACCGUCUACCACAUCAGUGUGCACGGUGCCCGGGCCGCCAGUAACAAGGAUUCGCAGACGAGACGCUUCUUUGGAACUAUCUCCGGCGUACUGCUGUUCGUGAAGAUCUUGUAUCCGGUGGCUCUCGCUGCCGGUCCCCUCUCCUUGAAAGUUAAUGUCGACGUAGAAACUAUCCUCCUUGCUAUCUAUGAUAUAUUCUCCCAGGGUAUCAUCGGAUACUGGCUGCUUCUCGCUCAUGAUGCCUCUCCUGGAAUAACUCUGAAUGUCGACGGCUUCUGGUCCCACGGCAUCGGAAACGAAGGUGCCAUUCGCAUUAGUGAGGAGGACGGGGCGUAA